AUUGUGGUGAGUGGUGGUCUACUAGUCUUGGUACAGACUGUGUCAUGUGUUAGUGGGAGACAAUGAGAACUUCGCUUUACAUCACGGUUCUGGUGAGCGUGGCGGCACUGGCGGCCGGGAUCACGACAGAAGAGCGGCCGACUCAUGCUCAGAGUAGGCGGAUACAGGCAGCCCCCGGGCCCAACCACUUCUACAGCGGCAGACAAGCGAACCGGCGAGUGAGGCCGAGUCUGCCCGCGCCCCCGUACGCCGUCCAGAUGGAACCGUUGGUGCAGUACUCUCAGCGAGACCCUCUGUACCAUCAGCGGCAAGACCUGGCCAACAUCACAUCUCACAACUCUAUAGAAGAAAAGGUUCUUAGAGUGGAUCACGAUCAAGAGGGAACCAACCUGAACGAAGCGUACGGGCACCCUUCUGACUUCCACAACUACCAGCAACACUACUACCGAGAACCGGAACCGAUCAUUGAAAUCAUCAUCAAGGAGUCGAACGAGACACUGCCCGCCCCUCCUCCGCCUCCGGUACUUCCGGUGAAACCGACAAAGGAGCCGGUUCACGUGUUUUAUGUCAAGUACAAGAAGAACCCGAAAGGGAAGGGCGAGGAUGAUAUAAUCUAUGAAGCACCUAUCCCGGCGAUCACACCGCCAUCAGAUGAAGUGGAACACGACUCCUCGCCGCAAGUGUCCGAUACCGUCUACGAAUCUGCGAGCGUCGCUCCGCCUCCGAGUACGACUCUGAGGACUAUUAUACAUCCUGACUCCGAGUUCUAUCACGGCUCCAGUUUAAAAGUCACUUUUGGUGAAACCGAAGUGAAAACGCCCGAUGCUGCUUAUGAAGAGACUAAUUCUCCUGAACCGUCAAUCGCACUUCCUCAUAAGGAGGCACAAAGCAGGGAGUCGAACGCUCACGCAAAUGUGCAUACUCCUAUUAAAAGACAAGGCACGUACCAAACAAUUCCUCAGGAAGUUUACGACCAAAAUCCACCUAAAGUAGCUUCUCCUCCACAGUCGACCUUCCAAUCUCCAGUGGGAAAGUUUCAACAAAACAACUUCCAGCAACAAAACUUACAACACGUGCAAUUUCAACAGCCCCAAUCACAACAGCAGAAAGUCAAUUUUCCAAGACAGGCUCCUAUUAAUCAGCAGCCAGCAUUUAGACCUCAGCACACAAGUGCGUUGUUCAAUAAUCAACAACAGCAUCAUCAACAGUUCAACCAGAGGCCCCAAUUCCAACCACAACCCUCCCAGAUCCACCAGAGACAAGUUCCAAGACAACAGAGUAACCCUUACUCAACAAUACAGAGUCCAACGCAGAAUAAUCAACAACAACAAAGUGCUCAAAGUGCUCAAUUUAGAGUGCCUUCUCAACAGUACGAUCAAAGACCAUCUCAAUAUUCACAGCCAUUGAAUAAUCCCCAAUCUCAAAGACAACUUUUGCCUUCUCAAGACCCACAGAUUCUACACCAACAACAAAUAGCCCAACAACAGCAAAUCCAACAACAACAACAACAAGCCGCUCAAGGUCAGUUCCGUAAUCAACCAAUCAAAGUAACUAACCAAGAUUUCAACCGUUACAAUCUUCAAGGAUUUCCAACUUUCCAACCACAGAAUACACCCAUUCCGCUUCCAUCAAAACCAAUACAUCCAUUGUAUGCCCAACAUUACCACCAACAGAUUAACCUGGCUCAACAGCAGAGACAAAAUUUUGUUCCAUCAACGUAUCAACCUCAACCUCAGCCUCAACCACAACAAGGAGUACAGCAACAGCAUCAACAACACUACAGACUCCCUCAACAAACUGUUAGCAUACCACAGCAACCAUCUACUCCAAAGGUGCAAUUAUACCAACAUACAACACCACGACCUCAACCCAGUAUCGUUAACAAAUACCAAGACAACCCUAUCAUUCCUAAUUUAAGUGAUGCUCAGGUUAUUAAAUCUAUCUCUCAAUCUGAAGAACAUUUGCUACAGCCUCAGUAUAAUCAGAAAACCCUGCUCCAAAAUAAUCAACAAACUACAAUUGAUCAAAUUAACCAAUUAAAUCAGCUCAGAAAUCAACAAGCUAGUCAGCUAAAUCAUCAGUUGUUAAAUCAGCAAAUAAACCAUCAAUUAUAUCAGCAACAACAACAACAACAAACUCAACAGCAAUUUUCUAAUGACUUUACAAAUCAACAACAGUAUGUACCUCAAAAUAACCAGCAGAGACCUGCACAAUACUCUCAUCCUAAUCAACUGGUCAGCACAACUUCACAGCCAGUAAAAUCAACAUCUGCAAGUUACCAAACCAAGUACACCCAAGUGUAUUCCCACACGCCUUCAACAACACCGACCCCUACUGAAGAAACUCCAACGACUACGACAGAAGAUCCUGAAAAGGAAAAAGAAAAGCAGAAAAAGUUCAAAGCGAAUCUAGCUGCUUUGCCAGAUGAAGUUCCCGACGAUAUCAGGGAACAGUUGCUUUCAUCGGGAAUCUUGAGUAAUGCCGACAUAUCAAUUCUGGACUACGAUAAAAUUGGGGAUAUCCCAAUAGAAAACUUGCCUCCAGAAGCACUUGAAAACUUUUAUGGCGCAGCGAGCGCUCCAGUUCCAGCGGUUGUAGCUCCAGACAGCGUUCCAGCAGCAUCAGAGUCAGAAGGUGUCGAGAUGAAAGUGGUGCGAUACGACCCAUCUACGAAAGAAGGACAGGAUGUGGAAGACGCGUACAUAAAGGAAGAUGCGACUCAAGUGGACUCAGUUAUCCUCAAUGACUCCAAGUACAACAGGUACCUGCCCCUGAAGGUAAGCGGGUCAAACUUCCCACUUCCUGACGAGUCAGUGUUGGCGGGCCGCCGGGUGAACAGUGUUGUGGUCCUGGCUCCGGUGGACUACGAUUUCGUGAAGCAGGCCGAAGAGGAAGAGCAGAGAACUGGGCGUGCUGCUCCAGUGCAGGUCCAGGGCGUCAGGUUCAUCGCCGGCAACAUCCUCAAGAACCUCAUCAAGGACCCUACGGAGCAGAACUACAAGAGCUGGCUCGCUAAGGAGAAGUCAAUACCCGCCGAUAAGCAGAGUGUAGUCUUACUUGUGGUUUCAAACUCGAAGAAGCCAGAGGACAAAGAGAUCUACAUGUACGACAUCGGCUCGGAGAAGCUGUCAAGACUUCGGGGUGAGCUGAGCACAGCCUUCGUGGAAGUGGCAGAGAACAACGCGAAGAGCCAAGAGCUGGACGAUCUGGCGGACGUGGAGGGGGCAGCGUCUGCCUUGCACCCCGUCAGAGUCCCUCCUCCUGCGAGCGUCAGGGAGAAACAGGAUACGCUGGAAACAGUGAAGACUGAGGAUCUUGUAAUGGCAGCUUCAGAAACAGAUGAAAACAUAGUAUAUCAAGCGCCAACCAUCAGCUCUGGCUACAGCAAAAUGGCGGUCCAGUGAGACAGUGUUGCCAUAUCUCUAAACUCACGAUACCACGAGCAGGUGGUAUACUCCUGAAACGUGGUCCAAUAAAAACACACUGCCACAACCAUAAUUAUGAGCCGUUUAUACAACUCAUAAUCUUCAGUGAUUUAUAAAAUAAAGUAGAUUUUUAGUUUUUAAUUUAAUAACAAAAUUAGAAUUUUUGUUUACUGAUACAGCGUUCAACAAAACAUUUGAAAUAGAGACUGUAAUAGUAAGUUGUGUAUCAGUAUUUUUACGCCAAACUUGGAGGUUCAUUUGAUACUGUGCUUUCAAGGGUGUGAGCAAAUGGUCGACUGAACCUCUUUAUCAAACCCAGGUAUGUUAUUAUAACUCUGUGUAAUAAAUUAGAAGCUAGCUAUAUUGUGGUUGGUUUCUACUGAAACAUCACUAUAAGUAACUAAAUCGCCAUUAGGUCUUGGGGAAAUAAUACUCUUCAAUGUGUAUUGAAUAUGAAAAAGUAUUUCAAAUUUGUGUAAAUAGCACUGUAUAUUAGGUCACUACUGUUAUAAAUAUUUACGUUUUAACUUGUACUGUUCGAUUUCUACAGUUUUCACACUGGUAUAUGUAAAUUAAUUGUAUAUUUUCCGGUAAAAUAUCUCAUCAGUUUAAUACAAGAUAUUUUUUACAACUGUUACGGAACAUAUUAAAUACAACCUUUCCUUAUACGUAACAAACAUUGUACACCUCCUAAUCCUUCCAAAAUAUAUGGCAAACAUUAGUAAACCAUGCAGAUUACCAAUCCAAUUUAAGAUUAUUUUUAUAUGAAACUUUGUAUGACUAACCGUUGUGAAUAGGAUUAAUUUGCGGCUGGUAUAACAUUUUAAAAGGCGCUUUCAACAAUUAAACUGUUAGUCUUUUGGUUCACCACUCAAUCAAAAGUUUAGAGUCAAAUUUCAUGAAUGAACUUGAAAACCGAAACAGCGUAGUACUUUUGAACCAUUUACUGUAAGAGCAUAUUAAAUGACCGUAAUAAACAAAACUUUAGAUACAUGUUAACAAACCUAUAUAAGAAUAAUAUAAGUGUGGUAUAAUAACGAGUUAAAAGUGUAUAAAUCGAGCUUUCAGUUAGGUUAUCUCAAUAUGCCAAAUUUAACGACAAAAUUGCUAAGGUAAUCUUCAUCACCUCAAAACAAGCUCGUUGUUCCAAAUUUAGUGGUUUAAAUUUUAAUUAUUUUCAUCGUUAUUUCUAUUGCCCAGCAAAUGUGAUACACCUUAAGGGUUGAAGUUCAUAAACAAUUUAAGGUUAUGUUCGGUCAAGAUUUUGGGUUAAGUAGUUAUGUUAUCGUCAUUAGAUUUCUUACAAUUACUCUAUAGCAACAAAGCAUUGCGCAAAGCCGCCUUCUUUGUCACGGUUAGUUCAUAUUUUUUUAUUUAUAAAUAUUUUGAGUGUGUUUUUUAUGACUACAAUGUUUUAUUAUUGCUGAUACACCUCGCUAAAGAGACUAAGGUUCGAAACGAUAAGUCUUGAGUGUGGUAUUCUCUCUUCUAUGCCCAGUGAAAUAUCUGUGAUACAAUCUUUCAAAACGUAUACACACUUUACUACAACAGCUUUAACUUUAUAAACUGUGACUUUAGUCUAUAAUAACACAUAAAUACUUUAUAACUAAAUGGUUUUUUGUUAACUAAUUUUUCAUGCAUUGAUCUUUUAAAGUUAGUAUGAUUGAAUUAAGUAGUAAAAUAAGAUUAGGUAUGAACAAUUUUAGUGUUUUAUUACGGUCAUACAAAAUUCCAAUUUUGAGAUUUGUAGAUAAAUAUGGUCUUCUAUAAAAUUGCUCAAAACAUUCUGAUUUCAUGAUUUUAGUUUUAUUUCUAGUUGUAUAUUUUUUACUAUUGUUAAGUGUAACUGUACAGAUUAUUUUGUAUAGCUUUAUUUUAUAAUAAAUAAAU